AUGUUAUCAUCUCUCAUCACCUUGGCUUGGGCCAACGUCGCCCUGGCCGCGACCGUCACGUUCAACUGGGAAGCCACUUGGGUCACUGCUGCUCCUCUAGGUGUUUCGAGACCUGUCAUCGGCAUCAACGGUCAAUGGCCUUGCCCCAAGAUCGAGGCCAACGUUGGUGACACCGUCGUGGUCAACCUUACCAACAGGCUCGGUAACCAGACCACCGGAAUUCACUUCCAUGGCAUCAACCAGGUCAGCACCAACUCGAUGGACGGCCCGAGCAUGGUAACCCAGUGCCCGUUGCCUCCCGACAUGACCAUGACAUACUCCUUCACUGCUGAUGAGGGUGGCACUUUCUGGUGGCACUCCCACAACAUGGGUCAGUACCCCGACGGCAUGCGUGGUCCCAUGAUCAUCCAUGACCCCAACGACCCCUACGCUGGGAAGUACGACGAAGAGUACAUCCUGUCCAUGUCGGACUGGUGA